AUGGCCGGUGGUGGUGGAUCGUCGAAAUCAACGGCUCCCAAGGCGAGGAAGAGGGUGGAAGCUGAAACCAAAACCGAAACCACUAACAACAACAGUAACAUCAAUACGUUACUUCGCGCUAAAGAUGGCAGCGCCUUUGCUCGUUGUGAAGGAUGUAAUAAGAAUGUAGCAGUGGCGCUUAUUAGUAUGCAUAAUUGUAGCCUCGACGCCAAAAUUCGAGUCAAUCUCGAAGCUCAAGUUGUUGAGACACAAACUGAGGCCAAGAAGAAACCUGUUGAGAGGUUAGCCUUCUUUCUGUUUCCAUCUAUCUUUUUUUUUUUUUUUUUUUUUUUUAAUUUCUAUAUGGCUGAUUUCCGCAAAACUUUCAAAGAAGAGAAUCCUGACGCUGGCGUUAAGGAUGUUGCUAAACAGGGUGGUGAAAAGUGGAAGUCUCUGGAUGAGGAAGAGAAGAAAGUUUAUUUGGAUAAAGCUGCUGAGCUAAAGGCUGAAUAUAACAAGUCUCUGGAGAACAGCAACGAUGCUGAUGAAGAGAAAGAUGCUGAAGGUAAAGAAGAGGAAGAUGAGAUUCUGGAUGACUACUAG